GCGUGGACUGGCUGCGUUGCCGGCCUUGGGCACCUGGCGAGCUGCCCAGAGCCGACCUUCCUACCCGCCGCGCCGUGACGGCCUCUCGGCUCUGCCUCCUUGCCGAGGUCCCCGCAGCCGGGCUCCGGACCCAGAUAACACGAUGGUGGGUGAAGAGACUUCUCUCAGGAAACGGCUGUCAAAGUCCAGUGAUGAUCCUGAAGAGUCCCACGACCAGGGCAACCCUGCAAAGCAGUCCCAAGAGACCCCUAGUAAUGGCCGUGUUGACAUAAAAGAGUUGAUAACAAAGAAGAAACAACUGGCAGCAGAGGCAGAGGAAUUGAAGCCAUAUUUUAUGAAGGAAGUUGGCACUCACUUCGACGAUUUUGUGACCAAUCUCAUUGAAAGAUCGGUAUCGUUGGACAGUGGUGGGAGUGCUCUCACGUCCUUUUCUGUUCUUGGAGGAGAGAAGAACCACAGAGCUAAAGAUCUGAGAGCACCUCCAGAACAUGGAAAGAUUUUUGUUGUAAGGCGAUCUCUCUUAGAUGAGCUGUUCGAGGUGGACCACAUUAGAACAAUAUAUCACAUGUUUAUUGCUCUCCUCAUUCUCUUUAUCCUCAGCACGCUUGUGGUAGAUUACAUUGACGAAGGAAGGCUGGUGCUUGAGUUCAAUCUCAUAAGUUAUGCUUUUGGCCAACUUCCUGUUGUUAUGUGGACAUGGUGGGCCAUGUUUCUGAGUACACUUUCAGUUCCCUAUUUCCUCUUUCAACAUUGGGCCAGAGGCUACAGCAAAAGUUCUCAUCCAGUGAUCCAUUCUGUCUUCCAUGGCUUGCUUUUCAUGGUCUUCCAGAUUGGCAUUCUGGGUUUUGGACCACUGUAUGUUGUGUUAACAUAUAUGCUGCCACCAGCUUCCCGGAGCAUUGUUAUAUUUGAACAGAUUCGUUUGAUAAUGAAGGCCCAUUCGUUUGUCAGAGAAAAUGUGCCUCGGGUUCUAAAUUCAGCUAAGCAGAAAUCAGGCACUGUCCCAGUCCCCACAGUCAACCAGUACUUGUACUUCUUGUUCGCACCUACCCUCAUCUACCGGGACAGCUAUCCCAGGACUCCCACUGUAAGGUGGGGUUAUGUUGCUAUGCAGUUUGCACAGGUGUUUGGUUGCCUGUUUUAUAUGAACUACGCCUUUGAAAGGCUCUGUGUCCCCUUGUUUCGGAAUAUCAAGCAGGAGCCCUUUAGUGCUCGUGUUCUGGUCCUGUGUGUAUUUAACUCCAUCUUGCCAGGUGUGCUGGGGCUGUUGCUUACCUUUUUUGCCUUUUUGCACUGUUGGCUCAAUGCCUUUGCCGAGAUGUUACGCUUUGGUGACAGAAUGUUUUAUAAGGAUUGGUGGAACUCCACAUCCUACUCCAACUAUUACAGGACCUGGAAUGUGGUGGUCCAUGACUGGCUGUACUACUAUGCUUACAAGGACUUUCUCUGGUUUUUCACUAAGAGAUUCAGGUCUGCGGCCAUGCUGGCCGUGUUUGCUGUGUCUGCUGUCGUGCACGAGUACAUCUUGGCUGUCACCUUGAACUUCUUCUACCCCGUGCUCUUUAUUCUCUUCAUGUUCUUUGGAAUGGCUUUCAACUUCAUUGUCAAUGAUAGUCGGAAAAGGCCAAUUUGGAACGUCAUGAUGUGGACUUCCCUUUUUGCGGGCCAGGGAGUCAUUGUGUGCUUUUAUUGUCAAGAGUGGUAUGCACGUCAGCACUGUCCUCUGAAAAAUCCCACAUUUCUGGAUUAUAUCCAGCCACGUUCCUGGACUUGCCAUUACGUGUUUUAGAAGCCUGGACUUUGUUUCCUUCCUGGACACUGAAGAUUGGGUGUUUUGCCGGAUUUGGGGCCAGCAUCUGUUCCAGCUGUUACUGAUGAAGUUACCUGUGUUAUUUGGACCACUCAGACUUGACAGAUGAUUCAGUCCAUUCCUAGGUCAUCGGAGCUGAGCCUUUGGAAGUUUACUGGAAUUAUAUACACUCAAGCAGUGUUUUGUUUUUGUUUGUUUUUUUUUUUGCAGAGAAGGGAGACAUAGCUAAUGUUAUGACAGAUUUUUGCUGGGUCAUAUUGGCUUAAGCCUCAGAAAUAUCGCUGUUGUUUUUUGACUAUCUAAUUAGAGACUAAACAUCAUGUUUUCUUGGCCACCGAAUUAGCCAAAACACUUAUGAAGAAAUCAUUUGAAUACCUCUUACUUAGAUAUAUUUUUCAGGCACACUGUUGGAAUGUAUGCUAAUUAACCAUGCAGUUGGGAAAGAAGAAAAUAUGGAAUGUUUUGCUAUUUCCAGUAGAGAGAAAAUUUGCUAUUUCCAAAAGAGAGAAAAUACCUGUUUUCCAAAGAUCAUCUUAUUAUACAUUCUAAUUUGUGUUGUUGUUGUUGUUUUCUUCGGCCUGUAUUGUUUUGGAAAAAGUUUGGUUCUAUCCAAGUUUUAUCUUGUUUUCACUAUACAGUGUAGGUCAUGGUUUCUGUGAAGCAAAAUUGUAUCUUUCACCUUGAAUUUUUUUUUUCUUUGCCCUCACUCGACAUUUUUCCACUUUUUGUUCAGAUAGAGUGGGAGGGAGAGAGGGAGAAAGAGAGAGAGA